AAGUAGAGAGACUCGGUGAUUGGAUGAGAAGGGUGAAAUUGGAAAAUUAAAAACAAAAUUGCAUGAAGAAACUCGAAUAAAGAGAACAUAAACUGGAAGACGCUUGUCAUUCAUGUUUAUACUUUUAAUACCCUUUUUCUUGGUUUUUCUUUCCACCUGUUUCUUACUUAUCAAAAACAAAAAUUUAUAAAGAACAAAACAAGAAAUCACCUCCUUUUAGAGCUUUGAAAGAUGAUUUUUUGGUAGCAAACAGAUUGUAAAUACCAAAAAAAAAAAUAAAAAAGGAAGAAAUGAGUGGGGAUAGGUUCAAAAACUGUUUUCUUCCGACGCCGGCAGGUUCUUCAUCAACGGCGAUCAAGCUUUUGAUGAUUACAGUUCCAUUGAUUCUUGUUUCGUUCUUCAUUUUCCUUUUGGUUCCGAGGAAUUCAAGUUAUUGGGUUUAUGUUUCUCCUUCUGGAAAUAGCAGUACUGGGAAUUUCGGUGCAGUUAGUGAAGAAGUAUCAACGGCGGCGGAAGCGGUGGCUGUGUCGGGUGAGGCGGCGCUUAAUCGGUCAUCUAAUAAGUCACUUGAUGUUGAAGCUCAAGUCAUGGAAAUUCGCGAAUUUGAUGAAACAAAGGAAGAUAGCUUAAAUAUCACCACCAACGAGCUAAACAACUUAAACAUUUCCGUCACCGGUGUCCCGAACGCUACGAUAUCCCUGAACGAGUCGAUAUCUCUUCCUUUAAAACGAAACCGACGAGUCCGAACCAAAUUGGAUAAGCUCGAAGCAAGACUGCAACGAGCUCGAGCCGCGAUCAAAGACGCUAAAAACUCGAGUCAAUUACUGGAUCCCGAGUACGUUCCGAUAGGUCCCAUGUAUUGGGAUGCUAAGGCCUUUCACAGGAGUUAUAUGGAAAUGGAGAAACAAUUCAAGGUGUUUGUAUAUAAAGAAGGGGAGCCCCCGGUGUUUCAUGAUGGUCCUUGCAAGAGCAUAUAUUCAAUGGAAGGAAACUUCAUCUACCAAAUGGAUGUCAACACGAAGUUCCGAACUAACGAUCCCGAAAAAGCUCAUGCUUUUUACCUUCCGUUCAGUGUAGCGAAGAUGGUCCAAUUCGUUUAUUUGCGCGACUCGCGUGAUUUUGGUCCCAUCAGACGGACCGUCAUCGACUAUGUCAAUGUUGUAUCGGAGAAAUACCCGUAUUGGAAUCGGAGCCUCGGCGCUGAUCAUUUCAUGCUUGCUUGCCAUGAUUGGGGGCCGGAAGCUAGCUUUUCGAAUCCUUACUUAGGAAAGAACUCGAUCCGUGCUCUUUGCAAUGCAAACACUUCGGAAAAAUUCAACCCGGUUAAGGAUGUGUCCAUUCCGGAAAUGAACCUUCGAACUGGCAAAUUAACCGGUUUGAUCGGCGGGCCAUCGGCAUCUCGAAGACCAAUCUUGGCUUUCUUUGCAGGAGGGGUUCAUGGACCUAUACGACCCAUCCUACUUGAGCAUUGGGAAGGUAAGGAUGAUGAGAUCAAAGUACAUAAAUACCUUCCGAAAGGUAUUAAUUACUACGAAAUGAUGAGAAGUAGUAAAUACUGCCUUUGCCCUAGUGGUUACGAAGUUGCGAGCCCGAGAAUCGUCGAGGCACUCUACAACGGAUGCGUCCCGGUGCUAAUAUCGAAAAGCUACGUGCCACCAUUCAGUGAUGUGCUGAGGUGGAAGUCGUUCUCGGUGGUGGUUUCGGUCGAGGAUAUCCCGAGAUUGAAGGAAAUACUAAUGAAGAUAUCAUCGAGGCAAUACAUACGAAUGCAGAGACGAGUGUUGCAAGUUCGGAGACAUUUCGAGUUUCAUUCGCCACCGAAGCGAUUCGAUGUGUUCCAUAUGAUCCUUCACUCCAUUUGGCUAAGAAGAUUGAAUGUUAGGGUCAGUGAUGGUAACGAUGUUAUGCCCAAUUGA